CCACAAGAAAACGAACUGACUCGAACUUAUAAAAAUUGAACAUCUCUCUCACUUACAUUCCUAUCAACAGUUGCAGAAUUGAAUCCAUUCCAUUACAAAAGAUGAAAUCAGCCGAGAUCUCAUUCUCACUACUACUAAUCUUCUCUCUCCUCUUUUCUUUCGCCACCCCUACUCCGGUGAAAGACAUCGACGGUAAACAACUCCAAUCCGGCGUCAAAUACAACAUCCUGCCGGUGAUUCGUGGUCAAGGCGGCGGCCUAAGACUAGCCUUCACCGGCCGAAUCAACACCACAGUUUCCAAUUGCCCUCUCGACGUCGUACAGUCGAAGUCCGAGAUCGACAACGGCCUUCCGGUGACCUUCUCUCCGACGAAUGGAUCAAAUUCGAAGAGCGUGAUUAGGGAAUCGACAGAUCUGAAUUUCAAAUUCGUGGCAUCAACAACUUGCGUGCAAUCAACUGUGUGGAAGUUGGCCGGAUUCGAUGACUUAACGAGACGGUAUUUCGUUACAACGGGAGGCGUAGAAGGGAAUCCCGGGAGAUUAACGGUGAGCAAUUGGUUCAAGAUUGAGAAGAUUGGAGUAGAUGUUAUAAGUUACAAGCUGGUGUUGUGCCCAAUGGUGUGUAAUUUCUGCAAAGUGAUAUGCAAGGAUGUGGGAUCUUACCAUGAUGGGAAAGGAUAUCUGAGGCGGUUGGUACUAACUGAUGACGCCCCUUUAUACGUCAUGUUCAAGAAGGUUUAAUAUAAAUAAUAAUAAUAAUAAUAAUAAUAAUAAUAAUAAUAAUAAUGUUGUUGUUGUUUAA